AUUUUCUUCAACGAAACGAGCAAAUCACGUUCGAGAAUUGAAUAAGAAAGUUUGAUCCUAGUGUUUAUAUCCUUUAUUAGAGUAUUGUUAUUGACAUUUUGGCAGUUAUAAAUUUCUCUGUGAAUUCUUUAUCUCAUCUUAUCGGUCCAAUAUCACGCGACAUAUAUCUGUAAAUGUCGCUUCGCGUUUCGGUGUAAACCGAUAACAAAAUCGGAAGCGUCGUUUUCGUUUCUUUCACAGCUGAUUCUACACUUGAUGAUGUUUGUUCGAUUUAGUGAAUCGAUAUUUGUACAAAUAAACGAACUUUAUUUGUGUCAUCAAUUAAGCUAUUAGAAUUAUAUUUUUCGGCUUUAUUAAGAAAUUAAAUAAUCGAAAUGGAGUCGGCGGGACAAAAUCAAGUGCAAAAUGCUUCCAAUAAUAACGAUGGUUCUGAAAACAAGGGAAGUUGUUUGUUACUUAGAUAUGCUAGUCAAAAUUCUUUGGAUGAAAGUUCACAAAAACACAUACCCCGUGAAGGUGGAAAAGAUAAACCACCAUAUAGAAAUCAUCAUCAUACAAAUCGGGCAUUUGAUGUUAUUAAUGAAAUGCGAAAGAAAAAUUUAUUAUGCGACGUAAUUUUGGUGGCAGACGGAGGCUUAGAAGUACCUGCACAUAAAAUGGUUCUGGCUGCUUGCAGUCCUUAUUUUUAUGCUAUGUUUACAAGUUUUGAGGAACGAGAUCAAGAAAGGAUAACGUUACAAGGUGUAGAUUAUUCUGCACUUGAAUUAUUAGUAGAUUAUGUAUAUUCUGCAGAGGUUCAUGUAACUGAAGAUAAUGUACAAGUAUUAUUACCAGCUGCAAAUCUUUUGCAACUAACUGAUGUUCGAGAUGCAUGUUGUGAUUUCUUACAAGCUCAAUUACAUCCAUCAAAUUGUUUAGGAAUUCGUGCAUUUGCUGACCUUCAUGGUUGUCUAGAAUUAUUAUCACAUGCAGAUAGCUAUAUUGAACAACAUUUCUCGGAAGUAGUGGAUGGUGAAGAAUUUUUAACAUUAGCACCACAACAAGUAGCUAAAUUAAUCUGCAGUGACUGCUUAAUGGUACCUUCUGAAGAAAAAGUGUAUGAAUGCGUAAUAUCAUGGGUACAUCAUGAUUUAGAAAAAAGACAAGCUGAUUUAGCACAAUUAAUGGAACAUGUACGCUUACCUUUAUUAUCUCAAGAAUAUUUAGUACAACGUGUAGAGGAAGAACCACUUCUUAAAGCAAAUUUACAAUGCAAAGAUUUUUUGAUCGAAGCUUUAAAGUAUCACCUUCUUAAAGGAGAACAAAAAUCAUUGUUCAAAACUCCUCGUACAAAACCUAGACAACCUAGAGGUUUACCAAAAGUGUUAUUAGUUGUAGGAGGACAAGCUCCAAAAGCAAUUAGAAGUGUAGAAUGUUAUGAUUUUAAAGAAGAGAAGUGGUACCAAGUCUCUGAGUUACCUACACGUCGUUGUAGAGCUGGUUUAUCCGUCCUUGGUGGCCGUGUAUAUGCUGUUGGAGGAUUUAAUGGAUCUCUUAGAGUACGAACAGUAGACAUUUAUGAUGCAGCUACAGACCAGUGGUCACCUUGCCCAGAAAUGGAGGCAAGAAGAUCAACGCUUGGUGUAGCAGUCCUUGGAAAUUGCAUAUAUGCUGUUGGUGGAUUUGAUGGAUCAACUGGUCUUAAUUCUGCUGAAGUUUACGAUCCAAGAACACACGAAUGGAGGUUAAUUGCACCAAUGUCAACACGUAGAAGUAGUGUUGGUGUGGGUGUUGUUAAGGGACUAUUAUAUGCUGUUGGUGGUUAUGAUGGGGUAUCUAGACAAUGUUUAUCUAGUGUCGAAUGUUACAAUCCAGAAAAAGAUCAAUGGAAACCAGUGCCUGAUAUGUCGGCACGUCGCAGCGGUGCUGGUGUUGGUGUUUUAGAUGGUAUUUUAUAUGCUGUAGGAGGACAUGAUGGUCCAUUGGUCAGGAAAAGUGUAGAAGCGUUCAACCCAGAUACUAAUCAAUGGACUCCAGUUAGUGAUAUGGCUCUUUGUCGUAGAAAUGCUGGUGUAGUUGCACUAAAUGGUCUUCUGUAUGUGGUCGGUGGUGAUGAUGGAUCAUCCAGUCUGGCAUCUGUAGAAGUAUAUUCUCCAAGAACGGAUACUUGGACAACUCUUCCAACUUGCAUGGGAAUUGGUCGCAGUUAUGCAGGAGUAGCAAUAAUCGAUAAACCCAUGCCGUCUACAACAUCGAUGUGAGGAUUACA